CCGCUGCUCUCGGCUCCCCCGAGCUGCGCUGCCUGGAGCCCGUGUGUCCGCCAUAUUGGUGUCCGCGCUGCCUGCCUGUGUAGCUGCUGCGCCGUGUCCCUCCAUCUCGUCCCGGCCAGGCCGAGCCCGCGAAGCCGGCGCUGCAGGGCGGGAAGCGGGGCGAGGUGGCCGAGUGGAGCAGGGAGGAGACGGAAACGAGCGGGCCACGGGUCCCGCGCCCCCUGCGCCACCCGCCAUGGCGAGGAGGCCCGGGGGACCCUGAGAGAGACCAGCCCCCUCCCCGGCCCAGCCCAGCCGCCAUCAGCGGAGACGAGCCGCCCGGUCCCCGCCUCUGCCUCAACAUGGAGGCCGUGAAAGCCUUUAACAGCGAGUUGUACUCGCUAAAUGAAUACAAACCACCUAUUUCUAAGGCUAAAAUGACACAGAUCACCAAGGCAGCAAUCAAGGCUAUAAAGUUCUACAAACAUGUUGUACAGAGUGUUGAGAAAUUCAUUCAAAAGUGCAAACCAGAAUACAAGGUACCUGGUCUCUAUGUCAUUGACUCUAUUGUGCGACAGUCCCGGCAUCAGUUUGGGCAAGAGAAGGAUGUGUUUGCUCCUAGAUUCAGCAAUAAUAUCAUCAGCACUUUCCAGAAUUUAUACCGUUGUCCUGGGGAUGACAAGAGUAAAAUUGUUAGAGUGCUAAAUUUGUGGCAGAAGAAUAAUGUAUUCAAGAGUGAAAUUAUUCAGCCUCUCCUGGAUAUGGCAGCAGGAAUUCCUCCUCCAGUUGUGACUCCAGUCUUGCCCAGUACAACAGCUGCUAUGAGCAACAAUACUCCAGGAACUCCUGUGACCCCUGUUACUCCAGCCAAUGUGGUACAAAGUUUACCUGAUCCUUGGGUGUCUCAAAUUGCUAAUACAGAUACACUUGCUGCUGUUGCACAAAUCUUACAGAGUCCCCAAGGCCAACAGCUUCAGCAGUUAAUACAGACACUGCAAAUACAACAACAGAAGCCACAGCCUUCACUACUUCAAGCGCUGGAUGCUGGUCUUGUCGUUCAGUUACAGGCCCUCACAGCACAACUUACAGCUGCAGCUGCUGCUGCCAACACACUUAAUCCACUGGAACAGAAUGUCUCUUUUAACAAGAAGCUGAUGGACAGGUUUGAUUUUGGGGAAGAGCCUGACCUCAGUGAAGAGCCUAAAAAAGAAACUCCCAAUUCCCAACUGCCUCUAGUAUCAGAGUCUGUGAACAACUCACUUUUUCAUCAGCUAGCUGAACAACUACAACAACAAAAUUUAGAACAUCUCCGACAGCAGCUCCUGGAGCAACAGCAGCCUCAAAAGGCAAGCCCUGAGGAAAAUCAAGAGGGAAAUUUUGGAUCAGAGCACUCUGCAUCACCAUCACAAGGGAGUAGCCAACAGCAGUUUUUAGAAGUGGAAACAAACCUAGAUGAUUCAAUGGAUAUUCAACAGCAGGACAUGGAUAUAGAUGAAGGGCAAGAUGUAGUUGAGGAAGAGAUCUUUGAACAAGAAGAAAAGAAAUCAGCUGUUCGUUCAAGAUCAAGAACACACUCAAGAUCUCGUUCAAGGUCACCAAGAAAACGGAGGUCUAGGUCACGGUCUGGUUCCCGAAAACGUAAACACAGAAAACGUUCACGCUCAAGAUCAAGAGAAAGGAAGCGAAAGUCAUCUCGGUCAUACUCCAGUGAAAGAAGAGCUAGGGAAAGGGAAAAAGAACGCCAAAAAAAGGGAUUGCCUCCUAUCCGGUCUAAAACACUAAGUGUCUGCAGUACUACUCUUUGGGUUGGUCAAGUAGACAAGAAGGCCACACAGCAAGAUUUAACUAAUUUGUUCGAAGAAUUUGGACAAAUAGAAUCUAUUAACAUGAUUCCUCCAAGAGGUUGUGCAUAUGUCUGCAUGGUUCACAGACAAGAUGCAUAUCGUGCUCUUCAGAAACUUAGUUCUGGAUCCUACAAAAUUGGAUCUAAAAUUAUUAAGAUUGCUUGGGCUUUAAAUAAAGGUGUGAAAACAGAGUACAAGCAAUUUUGGGAUGUGGAUCUUGGAGUUUCAUAUAUACCUUGGGAAAAAGUAAAAUUGGAUGAUUUGGAUGGCUUUGCUGAAGGAGGCAUGAUCGACCAGGAGACUGUAAAUACAGCUCUAGUGCAGCCUCCUCUAUCCAUUACUCAAGAGACAAUGAAAGAUGUUCCUUUUGGUAGCCUUGUUUUACCAGUUGGCACUGUUUCUAGCAGCCUAGCCACUCCAACAUUAUCAGCAGCAAGUGUUUUUAACCCUCUUCCAAGCAACAAACCAGAGUCAGAAGAAAAAGGAUCACAUCUUGCAGACGUUCAGAUUUCUUCCAGUGAAAACAACAGAUCUGUUCAAAAUGAUGUCUCAAGCAGCUCCGGACUUGCGGGUGGAGUGCAGCCACCCGGUGUCUCAAGCAGCUCCGGACGUGUGGGAGGAGUGCAGCCACCUGGUGUCUCAAGCAGCUCUGGACGUGCAGGAGGAGUGCAGCCACCCGGUGUCUCAAGCAGCUCCACACUUGCGGGAGGAAUGCAGCCACCCAGUGUCUCAAGCAGCUCCGCACUUGCGGGAGGAGUGCACCCACCCGGUGUCUCAAGCAGCUCUGCACUUGCGGGAGGAGUGCAGCCACCUGGUGUCUCAAGCAGCUCUGGACUUUUGGUGGGAGUGCCGCCACCGAACGUCUCAAGCAGCUGCGGACUUUUGGCGGGAGUGCCGCCACCGAACGUCUCAAGCAGCUCUGGACUUAUGGCGGGAGUGCCGCCACCAAACGUCUCAAGCAGCUCUGGACUUUUGGCGGGAGUGCCGCCACCGAAUGUCUCAAGCAGCUCUGGACUUUUGGCGGGAGUGCCGCCACCGAACGUCUCAAGCAGCUCUGGACUUUUGGCGGGUGUGCCACCACCCAAUGUCUCAAGCAGCUCUGGGCUUCUAAUAGUGCCACCACCCAAUGUCUCAAGUAGUUCUGGACUUCUGGGGAUGCAGCAUCCAGCAGGGAUUCAAAACAUACCCCAUUUAAAUAUUAGUAGUCAAAGGAUGCCCGGAAUGCCUCUCUUAGAUCUCCGUCCAGGACUAAUACCCCAGUCACCUGGACCAAGAUUUCCAUUAAUACAGCCUGGAAUGCCACCACAGCGUAAUAUCCCUCCUCCAACAAUCCUUGACCCAUCCCUUCAUCCACCACCUAGAGGUCCUUUUCCUCCUCCAGGAGAUCUUUUUAACCAAACAGAGAGACAUUUUGGAACACCUGGAAGACAAAAUGUUGAUAGCAUUUCUAAUCCAGAAAAAAGGUUACCACUUGGCGGUGAUAGCAUUCAACAGGAAGGAGACCGAGACUAUCGCUUUCCACCAGUGGAAAACAGAGAGACUCUUAAUAGACCAUCUCCAGUCGAUGUCAGGGAUUCUAUUGGACGGCCACCAGUAGAUCCAAGAGAGGGUCUUGGAAGACCUCCAAUAGAUGGAAGAGAACAUUUUGCAAGACCACAUAUAGAUAUGAGAGAGAAUUUUGGAAGACCAGGUGUGGAUAAUAUUGGUCGAAGAGAGCAUUUUGGUUUCAAUUCAGAAAAGCACUGGGGACAGAGAGGAGAUUAUGAUGAAAGAGAACACAAUAUUUUCCCUAUCUAUGGUGGUCCUAAAAGCUUCCAUGAAGAUAGAGAGAGAUUUCGGCAUGUAAAUUACAGAUUUGAUACUAGAAGUGGUCCCAACUGGAACAGGGGAUUUGAACAAGAUGCUCACAGAGAUUUUGAUGACCGUAGAAGACCCUGGGAAAGACAGAGGGAUAGGGAUGACAGAGAUUUUAAUUUUUGCAGAGAAAUAAAUGGAAACAGGUUUGGAAGAGACAGAAUGCAGAACAACUGGAUCCCUCCUCCACAUCCAAGGGUUUUUGAAUAUUUUGAAGGGGCCACUUCACAGCGCAAAGCUGAUAAUAUACCCCAGGUAAAUGGUGAAAAUACAGAGACAGAAAGUCAGCCACCAAAUGUGCAAGUGCAGAAUGAUCCAGAACUUUAUGAAAAACUAGCAUCUUCAAGUGAGAUAAACAAAGAGAAGAGUGACACAGAAGCUGAUAUAGAAAGUGAACCAGUGGUAGAAAGCACAGAAACUGAGGGGACAUAAUCAUCACUCAGUAGGUAAAAGAUACCUUUUGUAAAGUUGUCAUCUCUCUGUAAUAGAUAAAUGGCUGACUGGACCUUAGCAGUUCACUUUUGUCUGCCAGAAUUAAGUUAAUCUGAUGUUGAUGUUCAUCUUUCACUUAAAUAACUGUACAACUGACUUGUAUAGAACACUGUUCUUAAUUUGAACAUGGUAGGUAAACAUUUUUUUAUUUCUCUGAUAAAACACAGACUUGCCCCCAGUUGCUUUUAAUGUCACAAUGAUAAAUAACAGCUUGUCAAACAGAGACUUCCUAUGGAAGAAAAUGGAAUUUUUUUAGAUACUACCAUUAGGUUGGCUGUGGAAAUUGUUAUACUUGAAAGCAGGUGCUGGUAUAUCUUGUCCAUGUUUUUAGGCUGCUGCAGAAUUUUAAACAUAGACAAAGCUGUGAUAUUUUAUGUUCCUGAAAUUUGGCGCGCGCACACACCAAAAAAAAAAAAAAAAAAAAAGAAAAGAAAGAGAGAAAAAGAAAUAGCCCUGGUCAUUUAAGGAGCAUAAUACAGAGAUUAAAAGUGCUUUCGUAAAAUCCACACUAUAGUCUCUGUUUUCUCUAAAGUAAGUGUCUGUGAUUUGUUCCUCGUACUGCAGUGGGUUAAAAAAAAAUGAUAAAAGUACAUUUUAAUGUUGGGUGCAUUUUGUUUUUAGAUGCCAAUAAAGCAUAUUUGUUUGAUAACA